ACGAGGGUCAGACGGAGCAGUCCGUCGCGUGUAAGUGACGUCAGACCGUCGCGUAGUUUGGUAAUCAUCCAACAUGGCCGCCUCCGUGAGGCUGAUGCUCCGCAGAGCGGUCCGUCUCUCUCACGGAAAGAUCAACGUCGCCGCCGCGGACACCGCCGCUCGCUCCGGUCGCCGUUUGGCACCGUCGACCUGCCGGUGUUUCGGCGAUGCCGCCGGAGACCGAAUCACACAUUUUGGCUUCGAAACGGUGCCAGAGGCCGAGAAGGCGAAGAAAGUGUAUAAGGUGUUUGAGAACGUGGCGCGUCACUACGACACCAUGAACGACGCCAUGAGUCUGGGGAUUCAUCGGCUGUGGAAGGACGCGCUGCUGCACGCCAUGCACCCUCAGCCCGGGGCGCAGCUCUUGGACGUGGCGGGAGGAACAGGCGACAUCGCCUUCCGCUUCCUGGAGUACGUUCGCUCGCAGCAGGAGCGGCAGAAGCGGCGGGCGGCGCGCUCCAUGCAGACGCCGUCGUGGCGGGACAUCUCCAGCAGCGACCAGUACGCCUCGGAGGACGAGGCGGGCCCCCGGGAGUCCGGCGCCGUGGUCUGUGACAUCAACAAGGAGAUGCUGAAAGUGGGCAAGCGGAGGGCGGAAAGCGCCGGCGUCGUGGCUGGCUUGUCGUGGGUGGCGGGGGACGCCGAGGAGCUGCCCUUCGACGACGACCAGUUCGACGUUUACACCGUCGCCUUCGGCAUUCGCAACGUCACCCGCAUCGAUCAGGCGCUGAAGGAGGCUCUGCGGGUGCUGAAGCCCGGGGGCAGAUUCAUGUGCCUGGAGUUCAGCAAAGUGACGAAUCCCGUUUUGGCGAGGCUUUAUGACGCGUACAGUUUCAACGUGAUACCAGCUCUGGGGGAGGUGAUCGCUGCGGACUGGAAGUCGUACCAGUAUCUGGUAGAAAGCAUCCGCAAGUUCCCCGACCAGGAGGAGUUCAAACUUAUGAUUGAAGACGCGGGUUUCUUCUGCGUAAAAUACUACAACCUCACCGGUGGAGUUGUGGCUCUUCACUCUGGUUUCAAGCUGUGAGAUGAACGUUUGAGGUCCAAAGCGCCGCGAAGAAUAAACUAACAAUAAAUCAGUAGAAGUAACAUUAAAGUGUCGUUGAAAUAAACCAUUGUAUAUUUUCUGAUACAAAAUGCCAUCGUAUAGAAAUGCAUUAUGGAAGACUAUAUUCUAGAAACAGAUUAUUUUCUAUUGUUUACUUAAUACUAGGGCCGGGACUCGAUUAAAAAUAUGAAUCUAAUUAAUUAGAGGCUUUUGUAAUUAAUCACAUUUUAAUUGCAUAAAUAUUUGACCUGAGAACAGUGAGAAGUAAUUUUUUUCACAUGGAUUUUUAUUUUUGUUCAACCAAUUCCAGCAGACAAGUGUAGCAAUAGCAUAUUUAGAAAUAUAGUACUUUCAGAAAUUCAGGUAUCCUAUAGGUAAGUAGACCUUCUGUAAACUAUGUUUUCUUAAGUAGACCAAUACUUUCAAGUACAUUCAUAACAUUGGUUAUUUUUUUCAGACGUGGACUUAGUUACCCUGGUCCUUAAACCAGUCAUCUGGUGCAGUGUGGGUUGGGUGUGGGUCCUUGUACGUCCACGCUAGCUGCUAAUUGUGUUGCGUUGAGGUGAUACUUGAGGCUCGAUGUGAAUUCCUUGUUGCGUAGCUUGCACACAACCACGCUCUUAUCGACGCUUCCAUCCGUGUGUUUAUUAUAAGAUUUCCCAUUCACGGGGCCACCCGACACGGUCUCGUCAGCUUCUUCGUUCAUGUUCACUGUGGUUUGUUGUUGUCUGAAGUCAUGGACGCUAUUCGGUGCUCCAGUAUAAUCGGUCCCCCCGAAACUCAUCCAGUGAGAAACGUUCCGCGGUGCAAAAAAUAAGUGUAAGAAUGCGUAAAAAAUGUUUGAUGUGUUAUUUUUUGUGUAAUUAAUUAAUCGUAAUUUACGCGCUAAAGUCCCGGCCCUACUUAAGACCUUUUUACUACACACCAAUGUUGCAUAUGUCUUUGAUGGUUAAUGUCUGAUGAGGAAAAGUCUGUUUAAUACAUUAUUCAGUCAUCGUGACAUGAAGGAUGUGGGAAUAGGAGUAGUGUGUAUUUAUAUAUUAAUACCAGAACCCCACUGAUCAUAUAUUACGUGUAUAAACUAUACAGAUUCAUUAAUUACUCCACUGGAGCUGUUGCUCUGGACGACGGUGAGACGGACUCCAAACACCUUCUAUGAAAAAUACAUCUAAUGGAAAAGAGGAAACCACAACAUGACUUACUUGAAUAAAACUGUAUAUUUUACAGAUCUUUGUACACUUUUAAUUACAAAACUGUAUGGUACUAAAGUUUUAAAAUCAGUUUUUUGGUCAGAGAAGAUUUAAUCGUCUUGUGUGCAAUUACCAUGUAUUUACAAAGUCUCAUGUUAGUGAUUUCAAAAUGAAA